AUGACAAAUCGUCAAAUUCCUGUAAAAAUGGAGGAUCAAUCGAAACUUUUAGAAGAAGCUUCGAACGUUGUUAAAGUUCAAGCGUUUCAAAUGAAAAAAUGCUUGGAUAAUAGUAAACUCAUGGACGGUUUAAAACAUUGCUCAACGAUGUUGGCUGAACUUCGUACAUCUGCUUUAACUCCAAAAAACUAUUAUGAACUAUGUAUCUUUUUUAUUACUCAAAAUAACGAAGUUAAUAUGGCAAUUUUCGACGCUCUCCGACACCUAACAACUUAUCUUAAUGACGCACAUAUUUCUGGAAAGCAUCACCUUGCUGAUCUUUAUGAGUUGGUUCAAUACGCAGGAAAUAUCAUUCCACGUUUAUAUCUCAUGAUUACUGUCGGUAGUGUAUAUAUGUCACAAAAGGAUGCUCCCGUGAAAGAAAUAAUGAAGGAUAUGAUGGAGAUGUCUCGUGGUGUACAACACCCAACGCGCGGGCUAUUCUUGAGACAUUAUUUGAGUGGAAUGACCAGGGAUUCAUUACCAAUUGGAAUUGAUAAUGGGUAA